CCACUGCUGACAACCCACCGGCCACCUCCGGGUCUUGGGAAUCCCCCGCGUGCGCAGACUUCGCCCCAGAGGCGGCGGUGGUGUGUUCUGGAAGGACGCGCGGAUGGCGGGGACGCAGUUUCCACCAGGUAUGGCUUCAUUGGGGAAUAUCUUCUCUGUGGCCAACGCCAUCUACAAAAUGUGUGAAGAGAUGAAAUACUGCCAGAAACAGUGCAGGCGCCUGGAGCACCGGGUCAGGGGCCUGGUGCAGCCGCUGCAGAAGCUGCAGGCCCAGGGAGAGGAGUGUCUGCCUCGGGAUGUAGUCGCCGCCCUCAGCCGCUUCCAUGAUGCCCUGGAGGAAGCGAAGCAGCAGGUGGAAAAAUUCAGCAAUAUGUCUAACAUCAAGAAGUUUCUAAGCGCAAACCGAAACAAAGUCCUCUUCAAAGAUGUGAAUAAGAGUCUGAGCCACGCCUGGGAGCAGCUGUCCCUCACGCUGCAGACACAUCAGCUCCUGCAGCUGACCCGCACUAGCUACAGGACCUCCUGGAGACAGGAAGACCAGCAGGACGCAGAGGACGACGGUCGAGCCCUCGAGGAUGAAAUCAAAAUGAGAGGAGAAGAAGAAGACUGGAGGGAAUUUAGAACAAACCUGAAGAAAACUUGGGAAGCCAUGGAGCGCUUAGAGAAAUCCAGGAGGGCACUCCCACAAGAACCAGCCAAGGAAAUUAAGAAGGAGGAGUUUACAGGACGGGAAUGGAUCCUACUAAGGGAAAAUGAAUCCAGUAGAAUUUAUCGAGGAGAAUACUAUAACUCUUCUGUGGCCAUAAAGGUAUUCAAGUCCCAAGAGGAAAGUGUUGAAGUGGUGAGAAGGACUUUUAAUAAGGAGAUCAGCACCAUGAAGAAAUUUGAUUCUCCCAAUAUCCUGCGUAUCUUUGGGAUUUUCAUUGAUGAGACAGGGACUGUCCCACAAUUCUCCAUCGUCAUGGAGUACUGUGAGCUCGGCAGCCUCAGGGACCUGCUGGCUUCCAGGAAGGACCUGACGCUGGCUCAGCGCGUCAUCCUGAUGCACGGCGCCGCCACAGGCUUGUUCAGGCUGCACGAGAAUGACAAGCCUGAGCUCCACCGAAAAAUCAGCAGCGCCAGCUUCCUCGUGGCAGAAGGCUUUCGGGUGAAGCUGGCAGGGUUUGAGUUGAGCAAAACACAGACUUCCAUCAGAAGAGAAACGAAAAGGAAAAGAGACGAGGGAAUCAAUUCCUCAGCAUACCGCUCGCCUGAGCGACUGGAGAAUACCUAUUAUAUAUAUGACAUGAAAGCCGAAAUAUACAGCUUUGGGAUUGUCCUCUGGGAAAUUGCUACCGGGAAGAUCCCAUUUGAAGGCUGUAAUUCUGAGACUCUGUACCAACGGGUGGUUAAAAACCGGCACCAGGAACCAUUGGGUGAAGACUGCCCUUGCGAGUUGCAGGAGAUCAUUAACAGAUGCCGGGCUUACGAACCCUCGGAGCGACCAAAGAUUAAGGAAAUCACUGAAAUGCUGUCUUCCCUUGGCUGAAACUGAGACUAUGGAGUCCCUGGAUGAGAAGCAGAAAGAGGCACGGCUCUCUCAUAGUAUUUGUGGUCACAAGAAGGCAUUACUUUUAUGUCACAAACAGAA